AUGGCAGACGACAAAGUUGGAUUCGAAUUCGCCCCCCUCGACCCCAAACUCUACUCCCUCGACGAGCAGGAAGCUGCGUUCUUCAAAUCUGCGACAGGGAUCCAAGAUGAAGAGGAGCUCAAGAAACACAUCCUCGAUGUCCAAGCCAAGGCUUAUGCUAUCUUCGGCUACCCUUGCAUUCGAAGAUUCUCAUUCCUGAGGCUAAAGAUAUCCCGCCUUCCGGCAUACGAUCAAGUACUCAAGUUGGCUAAGGAGCGUCAGGGGGCUAUCUUGCUGGACAUCGGUUGCUGCUUCGGAAACGAUGUCAGGAAAGCCGUAGCCGACGGUUGGCCAAUCCAAAACGCCCUCGCGUCCGACCUGCGUCAAGGAUUCUGGGAUGCUGGGCACGAGCUAUUCAAGACCACUCCCGAAACAUACCCCCUGAAGUUCAUCCCCGGAGAUGCGUUUGAUCCAGCAUUCAUCGCUCCCCACGACCCUUUCUACGAGUCUCCCACUACGCCGGUCCCAGACUUACAGUCUCUGUCCUCCCUUACGCCCUUGCAAGGCCACAUCGCGGCGGUUCACGCCUCCUCAUUCAUACACCUGUUCAAUGAAGAACAGCAGACCCAAGUCUGCAAGGCCCUCGCCUCUUUAGUCUCCCCUGAGCCUGGGUCCAUCAUCUUUGGUGCCCACGGAGGACUGCCCAAGAAGGGACUCAGGGGAUUAACCUUUGGGGGUUCCACCCGAAGGAUGUUCUGCCACGAUCCCGACACCUGGAAGGAGCUUUGGGACGGUGGGAUAUUCAAGAAGGGUACUGUCAAGGUCGAGACGAAGCUCGUGGAAUACAAGAGGGAUGAUUUUGUGGAAGAUAUCAAGGACGACAAGUUUUUUAUUCUGACCUGGUCUGUAACGAGGCUGUAG